AUGAAAAGGAAGAAAAUAAUCGCAUUAUUUUUUGUUACAUUUGGCCUCAUAUGUGAUGGAAUUAAACUUGGCAUUCUGGAAAGUGAUCAAAACCUUGUCCAUAUCUGUAAAAUGGCCAUUAAGGAUGGUCAAGAUGCUGGACAUUGCACUACUGAUACCAUCCAGAUAUUAAACGCUACGAUAUGCAUGAUAAGCAAUCCGGCAAUGGGUACAGCUAAUGCUAUCACAUUUCAUUUUCAGGAACAUGUAGAGGCAUUCAUUGAUUCAAGAUGUGAAAGUGAAAUAUUGGAAAUAGCUAGCUUAGCUAGUUUCUGGAAUUCUCCAGUUAUGAUAAGAGCUGUUACAAAUCCUAGUAUCAAUGAUCAAGAUUUAUAUCCUACUGUUGUACAAUUUGGUCAUAUAUCUACGCUUGAUUUUACAUAUGCAAUAAAAUCUCUCAUUGAUUAUCUCAAUAUUACUUCGUUAGCUCCAAUAAUUGAAAGAUAUAAAUUGAUGGAAGAUAAACUCAACGAACGACUCAAUUUUACGGUAAAGAAGGAGGAAAUAGAGAUGUAUGUGACAAUGUAUGAUGCAUGUUAUGGUUUUUGUUUUGGUACUAAACAGAGCUCAGUGUUAGAUGGCAAAAAAUUUGCGCAAUCGAUGAGAAAUCAACAUUUCACUAAUAUAUUUGGAAAUGUCACAUUAGAUGGAAUAGCAAAACGUUUACAAAAUUAUGCAUUUCAAUGGUUAUCAUCAGAAAAUGAUAAAUUUCAACAAGUUAUGAAAUUAUCAAUGAUUGAAGCAUCAUGUACAAAUGAAAAUAAAUGCUUCGAUUUGGUGACUACUUUUUCUCUUUCUGUCUUUUUUUAA